ACCGACCGACUGAGCCGCUGGACAGGCGAUGCUCCGUUCACUCGCCCGACCCGAGCAGAAGCCGGCGGCUCGGACACAGUGAGCAGCCCCGGUGGGGGGGAGACGGCGGAGAACAAUCACAAAAGACUCAAAGGUUUAUUCGACGGGAGCGCUGCGGCGGGUUGUUGUUGUUCCUCCUCGAAAUUAAGCAUCACCGCGCUACCUGUCAGCGCAGUGCGCCCGGCUCGGAGGAUCCAUCGGCCGGCGAUGUCUCUCCAGGAUGAUCUGACAGCCGCAGCGGCCAAGGGAAACAAGGCGGAUGUGGAGGAUCUUCUGCUGGCAGGCGCUUCGGUUAACGGAGUGAACCGUUUCGGGCGAACCGCGCUGCAGGUGAUGAUGAUGGGCAGCUCUCCGGUGGCUCAGGUGUUGCUGGAGCACGGAGCGGAUCCCAACGUGGCGGACGGCACCACCGGCUCCACGCCGCUGCACGACGCGUCCAGGACGGGCUUUGUGGACACCGUGCGUCUGCUGGUGAAAUUCAUGGCUGACCCGCAGGCCAGGGACAAAGCAGGCCGUCUGCCUAUCGAUUUGGCUGCACAGAACGGACAUACAGAUGUUGUCGCUUUCUUAGAGACUCUUUAAAAAAAAAAAAAAAAAGUAAUAGAAAAGGCUGUGAUAUGUCUUAUUUUUAUUUGCUGCUGCUGGUUCUGAGUGGAGACGCUGGAGAGGAGCGGGGCCUGGAGAGGCCUGCAGCCUAAAUUUACGCAUUGGUAGUUUUGAUGUUAAAUGCAUUUUUAUUUAUUUGACCGUUGUUUGCUGAACUCCUAACAUUAUUUUUAUUCUUAACGAAAUCGGGGUUGUGGGUGAGUAUAGGGACGCUGGUGUGACAAAUAUCCUACAACGCCAUUGCUGUUGUUGAUAGACGUUUUUUUUGUUGCUGCAGUUUUAACUCCCACCUAAUAAUCAUGGUGCAGGUUACAGUUUACAGGAGCGUUUGUGUUGUAUUUUUCAAUUAGGAUUGUUUGGUUUUUGUGACAAUCUGAUCUUUUUUUUUUUUAAAUGCCUAUCCAUGUUCAAUAUUUAACCAAAUAACGUAAAAGCCAUUGAAAAUGUUUUGCACAUUGGAACAUUAGUGUUUAACUGAUGCACUAUUCUGUAAGCGUUCUAUCUCUCAGCUGCAGAGUCCCACUUCCUGUUUGUACAAAAAUGAUAUGCAGAUCUGGGAUAUUUUGCACUUUAAUAAACUUUCAUUUCAGAAAGUU